AUGAGAAUGACUUCGGGGUGGGAGUCAAAAUUUGUUCAAUCCCUCAAAUUAAAUAGGACGCAAUUUGUUAUGAAUCGUCGAUCCAAAUGGCUCUGGAUAGAACCCAUAACAGGGUCUCGAAAAAUAAGCAAUUUUUUUUUUGCUUGUCUCCUCUUUUUGGGUUCACUAGGAUUUUUUGUGGUCGGAAUUUCAAGUUAUCUUGGUAGGAACCUGAUACCCUUAUUGUCAUCUCAGCAAAUACUUUUUGUGCCACAAGGAAUUGUGAUGUGUUUUUAUGGGAUUGCAGGUCUGUUCAUUAGCUCUUAUUUGUGGUGCACUAUUUUGUGCAAUGUGGGUAGUGGCUAUAAUAAGUUUGAUGAAAAAGAAGGAGUUGUAUGCCUUUUUCGUUGGGGAUUUCCCGGAAGAAAUCGUCGUAUUUUCCUUCAAUUUCGUAUGAAGGAUAUUCAGGCGAUCAAAAUGGAAGUUCAAGAAGGUCUUUUUCCUCGUCGUGUUCUUUAUAUGGAAAUAAAGGGCCAACAAGACAUCCCCUUAACUCGUACUGAAGAAAAUUUGACCCUGCGUGAAAUGGAACAGAAAGCUGCCGAAUUAGCCCGUUUUUUGCGCGUAUCCAUUGAAGGAUUUUGA